GUAAAGGACGACGAAAUAAAACGAUUAAAGAGGCAAAUCCAAGAAUUUAAAGAAAAAGCUUAUGAAUCACAAAAAGAUAAUGAUAGAUUAAAAUCGCAAGUACUCUACUUAGAUAAAAAAGUAAGAAAUUCCGUAGAGGAAAUCGAAGAAAUAAAAUCAAACCAAGAUGAAGUAGAACAGCUAAAAGAUAAGAUCGAAGAGUUAAAGAAAGAGAAUACAAAAUUAUUAAGAUCUCAAGGAUUACAA